CAAAAACCCCAAGCACUUGCCACUUUAGCUAUUACUGGUCUGCUUGAAGGGUAGAGCGACCUGACUCCUUCUUAGAAAGCAAUACUGUAAACAUGACUCAGAAAUUUGUGCAGAGCAAAAUCAAAUCUGAUAAAGUGGCUGUUUUUAUAAAGCCAACCUGUCCUUACUGCCAGAAUGCAGUGAAAUUACUCAAGAAAUAUCCCUUCAAGAAAGACCACCUGGAAUUCAUUGACAUCACCACCGAAGAUGAUAUGGAUGGCAUUCAGGAUUAUUUCCAGCAGACAACAGGGGCAAGAACAGUCCCCCGUGUGUAUAUUGGAGAAGUCUGCAUUGGUGGAUAUUCUGAUCUGGCUGCUUUAGAAGAGCAGGGAAAACUCUCUCAAAAGCUAAAGGAAAUUGGUGCUCUAUAGUAACAUGAAGGCCAAAAAUGACUGGAAUUUUGUGACUGCAUCACCCUGCCACUGGAGCCUUAGCAGUGACUUUCCUGUUGCCAUCUGAUUUCCUUCUAAAUCUACAGAGAAGUGGAUAUUGGGCAUCUGUUCUUUUGGUGGUGUUAAUAGUGGUGCAACAUGUUAUCUCUCUUCAUCCUUUCUAUAGUCCUGGGAGCAAACCCAGAAAAUGAUUGGGCUUUGCCUAAAGGAAUAAAAUGUUUGCACUAAUAAGGUGUGUUUAUUCAUUGACAGUACAAACAUUCUUUGUACUGCUCAACCCUUACACUCACGCUAUCUCUCUGUUCUGUGCAUUUCUCUCUCUCUGCCUCUUCCCCACCCUUCAGGAUAGUUAUCCAGCAACUCACCUCUUCCUUAGUAGUGUAGAAAACUUUAGCUGUUUUUCACUUUAUGACAAUGUAUUAAGUUGAAGCCAUAUAGAGGGAAGUGUAGGAUAUUGAUGCUUAGGGACAAAUGGGGUCCUGGAACCCUGUUUGAAAGCAGCCACUGGAGUCAGUGCAUACUGACCCAGCCAUCUGACAAGCAUGUGACCCUCUCCUAACCCGACACCUCUCUUAACAAAGAUUGAGAAAACAAUAUUCUCUGCUGUGCUUCCCUUAUUACAACAUACAGCUACAGGCAGGUGGUUGCAGCUCAGGUAGUUCAGAAUAGGUGCAGCUGCAUAGGAAAGGACCACCACAUGGGAAAGUGGUGUGUGUUUGUUUUUUCUGCAGAGGUGCAGCCUUUCUGUAAAAUCAAAAUGUGUUGGAUCUUUAAAUAAACUUGCAAAUGACUAUUCUGAGGUACUGGCCAAUUUCAGGACUCCAGGAGGACGGGGUUGUGUGGGACAGCAGAGUGGGGGUGGGUUAGUGUGUUGGCUGUUAAUGAGUAGAACUGGUCUAAACUCUUGGUUCAAAACCUUUCUGCAUCAGAAGUGGCUUCUUUCUUUAAAAAAA